AUGGCUUUGGUUGCAACAUUAAGAAAACGAGGCAGGCCCAAAAAAAAUGUAGAUCAAUCUGCAGAACAAGCAGUAGGACAAUCUGCAGAACCAGUGCUAAGACUAUCUACAGUACUAGCGGUAGAACAAUCUGCAGAAUCAGUGGUAGGAAAAUCUGCCGAAUCAGACAAAGAAAACUCUGCAGAACCAUCAGUAGCAGAAUCUACAGCCCCAGCAUUCGAACAAUCUGCAAUCUCAACUGUAAAAGACAAACCAGCUGUUCUAGCUGUUGCUAAUAUGGUAUUAAAUAUUAUUCCAAGAUCAAAGCUUCUUGCAAAUGAAUUGCGUAAAUUAGUAAUACCAUUUAAAUUAAAAUACGCAAUAGAACUUGAUUGUAUAAUUAUGCAUCGUCAAUAUAACUAUGCUUCCCAAAAGCUAUUAAAAUUUCCGGAGAAAAACUUUUUGGCACAAGUAAUUUAUACCUUCACUAAUUCAUCUUAUUUUAUAGAUGAUAGCCAAAAGAUAUAUUCAAAGAUAUUCUGUGUUACUUUAAUGCAAUAUUUUAAUGCUUCUGUUCACAAACAUCUAACAUACAAGGUUGAGAAAAUGUACAAUUUACAAUGUAAGGCCGUGGAAUGUUUUCUGAAUAGAUUGAGAUAUCAACCACACAUCAAUUAUAUCUAUAAACAAUUCCUAAGACCCAAAUAUAUUUGGUGUUAUUUGUAUGGUCCCAUGUUUCUAUUAAGAUUAAUUGUUCGUUUACCAACAAUUUUGGGAUCAACCUCGAUGCUUCCUGAAUAUGAUUCAAAUACCUUUGUUUAUCAUAUUAAAAAAUUAAUCCGGUUCUUGGAGGAUAAUUUUGAUACUUAUUUCACUUUCAAUGAUUACAUAAAAGCUGAAGAAAUGGUUUAAAAUAUAUACAUACAGAAUAUUUAUAAUUUAGUAUUUAAGAAAAUCCAAGUAUAUUGGUACCUACAUUGUAUAUAGGUACACUGUAUUAGUAUACAAUAUAACGCUAUUAAAUUAGUCUAGUUCCAUAACUUAUUGUUUAAAGAAUGUUACACCCGUAUGUGUACUCUCCGUAUCACAAUUGUACAACAUAAAAAAAUCUGUUUUGCUUGGUACAAAUUUACUCCCUCAAUAUUUAUAG